UGAUAAGUUGAUUGAAGUAUGUUGCCACACAAUUCAAAGAGAAUUGUGUGGAGAGUUUAUGUGUGCAUUCGACCUUCCAACAAAAAGCAUUUCCAUAAGAGGGAAGAGAAGGAAAAUGAGGGCAAAUGAUGUGCAUGACUUUAUGGGGCUGCCAAUAAAGGGAGAAGAGAUUAAAGUAGCUGUGAGUGGUGAAGAUGAAGUGUUCAAGCAAUGGAGGGUUGUGUAUGGUAAUGUUCCAUACAAGAAGAUAGCGUCAUUGUUGACUGAGGACAAACAAGAUGAAAAUUUUGAGAUGCUGUUUGUCAUGUAUGCAUUGGGAACAUUGUUGUGUCCUAAUGCCAGUAUUUGUGUCACUGAUUAUUUGUUGAAGGUCAUACUAUCAACCAAGGAUAGAUUGGGUCGGUUUGAUUGGUCAUCUUAUGUGCUGAAUGAACUAUACAAGGGCAUUGGAGUGUACAAAAAACAAUUAGAAAAAGGCAAGCUGACUGAAAAGAAGAAGAAUGUGCCAGGUUGUCUAUACUUCCUACAAAUGUAUUGUCUACAAAAGUUUCCACUUGGGGAAACAAAAGCUUCACAUGUUGAGCAUGCUCUUGCAUUUUGGGAUGAAAAGAAAGUGCAGCAAAGAGUUAAUAUGGAGAAGGAGAGCGAUCAAGGAAUAUUGCAUCCGGCUAGUCAAGCCACCAGUUUUGAUCCAGAAAAUUUAACUCACCCGGAGAUCAAGAAAACAUAUGCCCGAUUAGUGUCAAUGCUGGGAGAGGAGAUGAUGGCCCUUCAGUCAAGACUAAUGAAGGAUAGUGGCAGUGCAAGUGAAGAGGAGAAAGAUGAUGAUGAAGAAUCGAAAUCAGAAGAGGAAAAAGGGGUCAAAGGAAGUGAAUCGGAGGAAGAGGAAAUUGAGGAAGAAGGAACUGAAUCGGAAGAGGAUAGAAAUGAAGAAGAAGAACAAAAAACUCAAUCAAAAAAGGAGAUGGGUGGAGAAGAAAGUGAAAGAGAAGAAGAGAAUGAAGAGGAUGAAGAGGACAAGCAAGGGGAAGGGAAAAUAUAUGUGAGGAAAUCAACAAGGGUCAUAAGCAAGGGCAAGGCUCUUAGGUCUCCAUUUCUGGAAAUCAAAACUAAGCCUGGGAAAAAGAGAACAAUGGAUGAUAGGCAAGCUUUAUUUGACAUGUGUACAGCAAGGUGUGCUGAAGAGGACCAAAAGCAAUACUUUGUAUCGAUGUAUGGAUACUUUCUAACCCGUGGUGAGCUGCAAUGUCUCCAACGUAGAAGAUGGAUAAACGAUAGGUUUAUGACUAUGGUGGCAAGGACAUUUGUUGGAGAUCAAAAGGAUAAAGAGGGGAGAGUGAACCGGCAUAUAUUUUCUGCAGAUUUCAUGCAAAAGAUGGUAGCCAAUCCUUUAAGAUGGAAAUGGGAGGACCAUGAAAGGGAAAUAUUACCUAAAUAUAUUGGGUACAAUAUAGGGGAUUGCGAUUUCCUUUUCGGUCCUACGUUAUUUGAAGAUCAUUGGUUUUGUUAUGUGUUGGAGACAAAGACCAUGACCUUCUAUGCCCUUGACUCCUUGGUUGAUAGCAUCACACUCAUAAGAUUACAAGCAGAGGAAGAAGAAGCAAAGAAGAAGGGGAGUGAGCAGCAACAUGAUGCGAAGAAGAAAAAGAGGACGACUAAAGGGCACUUCAAUCCCAAACACUUUAUGGCAACACAGACUAUGAACUGUUUCCAUACGAUGUUGCGUGCUGUUAAGCCAGAAUUGUUUGCCAAUGAGGACAACAUUGGCAACGAAGUGAAAUGGGCUAAAGUUUAUGUGCAGAAUGAUACUGAUUCAUGUGGAGUUCAUGUCCUCUCUUGGCUACAAGAGUGGGAUGGCACUGCUCGUGAUGCUGCAGGAUAUACCAUGCCACGAUACUCCAAUGAUGAAUUGCAAGAGUUGAAGGUUGGCUGUUUGUGGUGGUUGGUUACCCAUCCCCAUAAUGAACAUAGGGAUGAAGUGAUGUCAUUGCUAUCGGACUAUAACAAGAGCAAGAGGAGGAAAUAG